AUGUAUAAGAAAUCCCAGACCUUGAAUGGGAUGCAGGAUGAAGAUGACACACUCACCGUCAUGGGGCUCUGGCACCCUGACGGAGGAGCGGCGUUGGAGCUUGAAGGUGAUGGGAGCAAGAAGGGAGGCAUGAAGAUUGAUUCACCUCACCGUGUGCCUUUUAUGGGCUAUCGUCUUCCUCCGGCGGCCGCUCUCAUGGCGUCCAAGGCGCUUCUUCCUCGGGAGUGCCUCCCCCGGCGCAGUCCCCGCGGCGGCUUGGAGCCGAUUACAGUCUACGUCCGCGUCAACGAGGAGGGGAACUAUCACCCGAGGUACUUCUCCGCCAAAGUUGGGCGAGUGUUCCGAGAUCUCCAGGAUCUUAAACAAGCAGUCCGUACAUUCUACACCAGCCUCUACAUCGCCCGUCACCUCCUAAAGAGGCCUCUGGCUCCGCCGCCGUCUCCGACCGACGAGGUAUUCCAGUUCGAGUUCGUGGUGGAACCUGCAGCAGAUGUGUCGUCCCUCAAGGCUAGUACAUCAUUGGAGGAGAAAUCGUCCGGUUCCGACAAGGUUCCUGAUGAGAAGCCUGCAGAGGUGUCUUCCCUCAAGGACUCGCUCAAGGCUACAACAUUGGAGGACAAAUCGUCUUCCUCUGGGCAGCAGCCGGAUCAGGACACUGUUAUGGCCUCACCACCAUCAGGGAACUGCCUUGCCUCACCUUCUGGGCCAGGCAUUUGGCAACGAGAACGACAGGACUGGGGUUUCGGAUAUUACAUCAGGCUUGAUCUUAAGGGAUCUUUCCACACAUAUCCGAAUGCAGGCGGGCCGUUUAAGAGCUUAGAGGAAGUCGAUAAGGCUAUGGUUCGCUAUUUUCAUCAACAUCGGGAUCCAAAGCUGCUAAUGAAUAAAGGUGGGGUUCCGUCACGAGAGAUUUCUAUAGAAAAAGCUCGUUAUUGGCCUGAUGGCAGAAGGAAGAAGCUUUCCAGAUCCUAUACCAUCCAGCAAUUCCAUAAUCGAAUGCGCCGAUUACUUCAAGCUUUGCUGGAGAAGCAUAAUGAGGAUCACAGCCUUUUGGGGUUUGAUCUUGCAUAUGAACUCAAAGAUGUUUUGCACGCCACAACAAUUUCUGAGGGGCGUACUACAUGCUACUAUCAUCUCAAUUUCACGGUGACUAAAGGAGCUGGUGAUUCUAACACUGGCAUUGAAAACCUUUUCUUUGCGGAAGUCAAAUGUGUGCUACAAGGAAAAGAAGAGGAAUUUUCGGUCACCUGUUUCUGCCCGGUUGAAUCUACCGAUAAUGGAUACUGCUAUGGUUGUACCAUGCAUAGGGAUGUCAAUAUGAAGCACCCCAUCAGUGCCGAUGCAUACCUUGCCGGUCAGGUGAAGGCGGGAUAUUAUUGUUAUGAAGGCUGCAGCAGCGACUCAGACGACGAAAAUAUGGAAGCCAAGAAAGAAAAGGACGUUGCUGAUAAAACAUGUAUGAAGAUGUUGACGCAGCCUCCGACUAUGAGGGCUUUUGACGCUGACAACAUGAACUUUGACGACGCCGACGACUAAGAGGCAGAGGGGCAGGCAAGCCAACAUGGAAGGGGGCAAGUGGCUGGGUCCAACAAGUUCAAGACCCAAGCAGUUUUGCUGGCUCUUUACUUCUGUUGGCUUAGUCGAUUGGUUGACUAUCUUGUAAGCUCGGUUGUACUUGUAGUGAUGUUGGCAUGUUGCGCCUGCUUAUACUGUAAAUAAACUGAGGUUUGUUUCUGGAGCAUCAGGGAUCA